AGCAUCUAGCUCCAAAGCCUCCAGCCAGCCCGAGGAAAAGGCAUCCAUCUUUCACUAGCAACCCAAGGAGGGGAUUCAUCGAACGUUAGCGAGAACCAUGUCAAGCAGCAGCAGUAUCCUCCUGGCCGCGGCGGUAGCGGCAGCCCUGCUGGUGGCGACGGCGUCGGCGCAGUCCGGGUGCACGGCGGCGCUCGUCGGGCUGUACCCGUGCAUGAACUACAUCAGCGGCAGCGACGCGGCGCCCACCAAGUCCUGCUGCUCGCAGCUGAGCUCCGUGGUGCAGUCCCAGCCGCAGUGCCUCUGCAGCGCGCUCGGCGGCGACUCCUCGUCACUGGGCGGCAUGACCAUCAACAAGACGCGCGCGCUCGAGCUCCCCAAGGCGUGCAACGUGCAGACCCCGCCGGCGAGCAAGUGCAACGGUGGCGGCAGUGCUCCUGGCGCCGCCACACCGACCACGCCCGAGGUGCAGACACCGGCCGGCUCUGGAUCCAAGACGACCCCGUCGGCCUACCUGCAGGAGAACGGCGGCGCGUCACUCCAGGGCCCGGCUUGCCUGGUGUUCGCGCUAGCUGCUGCUGCUGCGCUCUAUGCCGUGUCCGCCGUGUAGUGGACUGGCGACUCAGAAAUUCGUUUGCUAUGUGUCAUGAUUUGAUUUUGGUAUUGGUUUAUCAGCAUUGAGCAUUGGCGAGGAGAUUUGGUUAGUGUUGUGCUACACAUCUGUACUAGUAGGAUUAUUAUUGGGUUUCCUGCUGCAGUCCAAAUAAAGAGAUACUGGUAGUUUUUGUUUC